CUCAUUAAAAAAAAACUUACACCAUUCAUCAGCCUAAUUACAGGAGACGUGACUUUACAAUAGUUAUUUUUAAAUGCUGAUGUAAGACCGGUUCCUUUUAAAUUACACUCAUAUUUUGUAAAUAAUUGCGAAAUGACGAGAUGGUAAUUACGCUAAAGAUUAUGAAAUAAUCGAUAUAACCUCACUCUCGCUGCGCAAAUGAUCCUUUUGAUGCAGUUCUUUUGAGAAAUUGCAAAUUUCCCGCAUUUCCAAACGUUGCUGUGCUUCCCCUAACACGUGAUUUUUUAAUUCAAAAUCACCAUAAUGUCGGACAAAAUCCUUAUAAUAGGGAUUAGCGGUGUAACUUGCGGGGGCAAAACCACACUAGCCAACGAACUAAACCAAUUACUGCCCAACAGCAAAUUAGUUUCACAGGACGAUUAUUUUCUCGGUGUUGAUGAUCCGCGACACGUGUGGAUCCCAGAAUUAAACCACAUCAACUUCGAUAUUUUAUCAAGCCUUGAUAUGGAAAAAAUGAAUCGUGAUAUACACGAAAUGAUAAAAAGUAAAGAACCGCUAGGUGGUGACACCACAACUCGUAACGGGUUUAAAAAAAUCAGGAGCUUAGAAGAGUUGAAGAGCGCGGUUAUUGAAAAGAUAAAAGGCUUAAAUUUGGAAGUUUUACUCCUGGAAGGGUUUUCGAUAUUUAAUUACAAGCCGUUGCGCGGUUUGUUCCACUUGAAAUAUUUUUUUACUCUUCCUAAAGACGAAUGUUUCGCACGACGUGAACAAAGGGUUUACGAGCCUCCAGACUGUCCUGGUUAUUUCGAACAGUGCGCUUGGCCUGAACACUUAAAACAGAAAGAAGAAGUGGAGAACGAAGUCGAAGGAGUGCGGUUUUUCGACGGACGUUCACACAAAGCCUUAGAAGAAGUACUCGGUGAUAUUGAUAGUAUUUUGGAGUUUGUAAAGUUGUGAUGCCACGUUCCGAAAUAUACUGAUGUAGCAAGUAUAUCAGUAUUUUAUUGUAAAUAACCUCAGUACAAUGUAAAUCUCGAAUUGUUAUUACUUAAAGAAACACAAAAUAAAUAAUGUACACGUC